AUGGAGUCUUCGGUGGUGCUUCUCCUAAUCCUGGUCACGAUAACCUUUACAACAGUGCCAAUUUCAAAUGUCACCCUGACGGCACAAGCAACCAAUCUGGUGGCGAUCAAUGACACGGCCGUCCUCAUGUGCUCUGUGUCCAACGGCACGUCCCUGUCUUAUGUUUGGCUGAUGAACAACACUGUGGUCAGUGGUGAAAAUGUACAGCUCAGUAAUGGAAACGCCACCCUCACCAUAGCCCCUGUGACCCGCCAUUACAAAGGAGCAUUCAACUGCGAGGUUUCAAAUGGUAUCAGCAACGCAAGCAGUCCCCCGGUGUUCCUGAACAUCAGCUAUGGCCCAAGUAACACAACGAUGAGUAUCCUGCCCUCGGAGUCGGACCACAUUUACAGAACAGGAUCUAAUCUCACGCUGUCGUGCUCAGCGCUAUCCAGUCCUGCAGCGACGACUGAGUGGAUGGUUGAUGGGAAGGCUCUGAACAAAAGUGGUCCGUGGAUUCACCUCAACAACGCUUCAGAGAGCGACUCUGGAAAUUACAAAUGUGUACUUCACAACGCCGUCACAUCCAGGUUUAGCAGCGCAAAUCCACUCGAGGCCGUGAAGGUGAAUCGUGUCGGCGGACCAGCAAUACUUAAUAAGUCCUUCACUCUGCAUUGUGAAGUGACUGGAACUGUUAACAGAAUCAAGUGGUGGAGGAACUGGCAGAUGAUUGUUCAUGACAACACAACGAUCAUUGAAAACAAGACACUGACUCUAAACGCAAUCCAACAUUCAGAUAAUGGAGAUUACAACUGUCAGGCUUUCAACUCUGUGAGCAACAUGACCAGCAGCCCCUAUGUAGUCAUGGUGAAUUAUGGGCCAGGGAUGCCAACUAUCAUGGGACCAUCCUUGGUGAAGGCAGGACUUAACGUCACACUCACCUGCAAUGCAUCAUCACACCCUCCCGCCCACUACAGAUGGUAUUUCAAUGAUUCUCUCAUGGCCGAGACAGCUAUGUUUGUAACACCUCGUCUUACUGAGGAUAUGACUGGGAACUACACUUGCAUGGUCUACAACAACAUCACCGGCCAAAACAAGACCACACAGAAGAUGCUUACUGUUGUUGACCCAAUAACAGACGUCCAAGUAGAAACACCAAUGGAUCCUCCCAAAGAAGGUCAUCCCUACACGCUAACGUGCAAUGUGACCGGACCUGCUGAUCAUGUCUAUUGGAAUAAAUAUGGUCCGGUUCAGCAUGUAGACAGCGAAUAUACUUUCCCCAUGAAUAACAAGACACUCGGCUUCAACCCACUUUACCGCAAUGAUACUGGAUAUUACAAAUGUGUAGCUGUGAACGCCGUUGGAAAUAUGACUAGCCCUCCUCACGAGCUCAUCGUCAAUUUCGGACCAGAAACACCUGUGAUCUCUGGGCCAAGGCAUGCUGAGACAGGAGAUGUCGUGUCCUUCAAUUGUUCCUCCACGUCAGUGCCGUCCAGUCGGUUCAGCUGGUGGUUCAAUGGCACCGAAGUGUCCAAUACGUCAAUGUUUACGAGCGAGCCUUUGCUUUUAAACAUGAGCGGAGAAUACACCUGCAUGGCGUACAAUCAUGUGACGGGAAAGAACAGCAGCGUUUCCACGAUGCUCACGGUCGUUGAGGCCAUAGUGUCAGUGAAGAUCAGCAACAGCACUUCUCCAAUUAGCUCUGAAAACUUCACUCUCACCUGUGAAGUUACUGGGCCCUACAACACCAUCUACUGGAUGAAGAACAACACAGUUCUCGACAUGAACGACAUGAACGCCACUGAGUACCGCAUUGAGAACAACAUGCUGCACUUCACCCCAGUGACAACAGACAAUGACGGAACAUACCAGUGUGUCGCUACCAACAUGGUUGUUCAAUUCAAAAGCCCCAUGUACACACUACUGGUGAAUUAUGGUCCUCUGAGUAUGGCCAUCAGUGGUCCAGUUGUAGGACAGGAUUUUGUUGUUGAACUGACGUGCUCUGCUGAUUCUCGGCCGGACUGUGACUUCUUCUGGUAUCUGAACAACAACUCAUCAGCGGUGAUAAAGACUGGCUCCACUAUCGUUUUACCUGCAACUCUAGCACAAUCUGGGAACUACAUCUGUGUGGCAAGAAAUCCAGUGACCAUGAUCAGCAUGUACAGGUCGAAAUCAAUCAAUGUGCCGGGUGGAGCCACAGCCGUCCACUUCUCAUCCGGAGGUGGUCUGAUGAUGAUGUGUCUGUUUGCUGUGUUCGUCCCUGUGCUGUUCACCUGA